UAAUCAGGUUCAGAACGCAUUGGCGUGAUCUUAGAAUACUUCAGCACCGUUUGGAGUCAGAAGUCGGAGAAAUCAGAAUGAUCAGAAUUUCUCUUUCUUGCCCAAUGCCAGUUCAGCCGGAAACAGGGCUGUGUAUUGGGGCUUGGAAAAGCAAUUUUUUGGCGUGGUUGCCUACUGUGAAGCUGAAGGAUGGGUUGAUGUGGGCAUGGAAGGGCCAGCUGGUGCGGGGUAGUGUGGGGGCUGAAACUCACGAGAAGUUUCUCAAGUCAUGGACAUUUUCAGCACCUCUCUCGAGGUUAUAAACCUAAUCUACGAGACGACAGUCUUUAUUCGCGAAGUAACUCAAGAUAUCAAGGAGUACGGCUCCGCCAAACGCGACAUCUCCGAGCGGCUAGAGCACGAACUUGUCUUCGUCGAAACCUUCACCGACGUAUGUUUUGGCGAGGAGCGCGGUCUCCUGCGGGAUUCCAGAGUUCGGGAUAGUGUGAAACGAGAUGUUCAGCAUUGCCUCGAUGUGCUCAGCAGUGCAUUAGGCGCGUAUAGGGUCGAGGCGUCGAAAUUUGCGGGCAUCGUACCGGAGAUGGCCGGGGAUGUAAAAGACUUGAAUGUGAAGGAGAAGAAAAAGUGGAAGUUUGGCAACGGCAUGAGGGCACGGUGCCAGGCCUGGAGGAAGAAAGCCUCCCCCUUGGAAUGGGCGCUUUUCGGGAAAGAAGAAAUGGAAGCGCUCCUCCUGCACUACACCGAGUGGACUGAUCGGCUCCGGCAGACCCUCUCAAUCAUCCUAUUGCUUGUAGGAUAUCCGACGCCAGGCUUCGCAGCGAGCUCGCAGGCCGCAGACCUCGGCGUCAAAGAGGUCUCAGAGAGGCAGAUCAGAGUCCAUUCACAGCCCCCCGAGGACUACGAUGCGCUGGAUGGAGAGAUGAAAGAUUUUGUUGUUUUCAAACCUGGACAAGAACUCUUACGUGGUGUCUACGAAGAUAAAUCAGGCUUCGAUUCUAUGGAAGUCAUUGUGGAAAUUCGGCAGUACGACGAUGCAAUAGCCCUUGCUACGAGCGAACGCGAAAUCGAUAAAGCCAAAGAACUUAAGGAACCCCUCAGACGACUCACAUGGCUACUUCAGGGCCCGGUAGACUCGGAUCUGUCAAAGCAGGACGCUGAAGAGGGGUAUCGCAUGCACACCCUCAGCUGCAUUGGCUUCCUAGACGAACCCAAUAAGAAUCGAAGCCUUAUUCUGUAUCGUUCGGCUCAGGUGCUUUUGGAAAGUCAAGAAACACCAACCCUCCACGCUUUGAUUUUGGGAAAAUCGAAGCUGACCCUGGGAGGGCGGUUUCGCACGGCGCGUGCCCUGGCCGCCACGCUCCUGACCAUCCAUACUUCUGGCUGGGUCCACAAGAAUAUAUGCUCCCGUAGCGUUCUGAUGCUUCCCAGUUCAUCCCAUGAUCUCGAAAGCCUCCCUUACCUUGUAGGUUGGGACGUCGCUCGCCCACUCGAAGCUCAGACUUCUCUCCACGAACUCUUCGAGCUAGAGCCAAAUCUAUACCAUCACCAGCAACGUUUCGGGAAGCCAACGCAUAAAUUCUCGAACGAGCAUGAUAUCUACUCUUUGGGGGUUUUGCUUCUUGAAAUUGGCCUAUGGAAGACCAUGUCUACUCUCUUUGCAAGACCGCUGGAGAAGAACCCCCGGAUUGAGACAACGCAGCAACAUGCACUCUUUAAGCGCGUGGGUGGAAUGAUUGGGGAUAUGGCGACCGGCUUGGAGUUAAAAAGAGAAAUGGGAGAGGGCUACGCUGGUGUUGUGCAGAAAUGCCUAACGUGGAGACCGAGUGAGAGCCAAGAAGAUGCAGUGGAGCUGUCGAUUGAUUUCCGUAAACAAGUGGUAGAUGCUUUAUCAAAGGGGAGCAAACUAUAGAGGGCUGUAUGCUAGA